AUGGAGGAAAAGGUGCACGCUGUGUUGAAGCUCCUAGAGGAAGAGGGAGACUCCUUUGCCAAGAGAGCAGAAAUGUAUUACAAAAGGAGACCAGAGCUGAUAAACUUCGUGGAAGAAUCAUUCAGGGCAUACCGUUCUUUAGCUGAUAGGUAUGAUCACAUUUCAACAGAGUUGCAAAAUGCCAACAACACCAUUGCUUCUGUGUGCCCAGAGCAAGUCCCUUAUAUGGAUGAGGAUGAAGAGGAUUCACCUAGACCAAAAACCCCGAGAAAAAUGGGAGACGGGUGCAAAAAAAAUAUUCCAAGUGUUCCAAAGGUUCCAAAGCCUCCACUUAGAGAUUUAAAAACUAUCAUUACAACAGCCACGAAGAAACUCAAUCAAAAGAAGGCAGCCCCCACAGCUGCAGCUUCUAAAGCUCCAAAAUCUGGAUUAAGCAGAAAGGAGGCCCUUCGAGAGAUGGACAAGCUGCAGAAGGAGAUUCUGACGUUACAAACUGUGAAAGAAUAUGUGAAGAGUUCUUAUGAUAAUGCCAUUGCCAAGUACUGGGAUACUGAGAACCAGAUCAAGGCAUUACAAGAGAGAGUGUCCAAUUUACAAGAUGAACUUGGCGAAGGUAUUACUAUUGAUGAUGAGGAAGCCCGGUGUUUGAUGGCAGCAGCAGCACUGAAGUCAUGCCAAGAGACAUUGUUACAGUUGGAAGAGAAACAGGCUAAAUCACUUGAUGAGACCAAAGUUGAGUCUAAAAGAGUAAAGGAAGUGAGGGAUAAGUUAAGUUCUCUCAUGAACCAAGUCAAUUAUGAUCAAACCACUUCCAAAGGGACAAGGGCCAGGAGAAAUGUAAAAGAAAUAGCAGGAACAAAGGACUUGGAUGAAGAGUUGGACAAAUUGAAUCAGCAGAAACAUGAGAUGAAGGUAUUGCAGGAGAAAAUAAAAGAGCAUUUUGAGGCUGGAUCUUAUUCAACUCUAACCGUGAAAGAUAUGGCAGAAAAAAUUGAUACACUUGUGAACAAAAUUAUCAGCUUAGAAACAGCAGUCUCUUCCCAGACAGCUCUUGUAAAAAGGUUAAAUGACGAAACAGAAGAUCUUAAUUCCUUGGUUCGAACUUUAGAAGACGAUAAAGAAAGUUUGGUCAAUGAUAAAGCUAAAUUGAACGAGCAACUACGGGAAAUGGACGAUAAGUUGCUUAAGGUACUGGAUCUAAACCAAAUUGUUGAAGACCAGAAUGGCAACCUCCAAACCCAUUUCACUGAAGCACAUUGUAAUCUUGAUCGAAUCUCGGAGAAAGUCCACGUCCCGGAAAAAGUCCAAAUCUCGGAUAAUGUCAAAACCUCGGAGAACGUCCAACCCUCCGAGAAUGUUCAAACCUCGGACAAUGUUCAAACCUCGGAGAACGUCCAACCCUCCGAGAAUGUUCAAACCUCGGACAAUGUCAAAACCUCGGAGAACGUCCAACCCUCCGAGAAUGUUCAAACCUGGGACAAUGUCAAAACCUCGGAGAACGUCCAAACCUGGGACAAUGUUCAAACCUGGGACAAUGUUCAAACCUCGGACAAUGUCAAAAUCUCGGAGAAUGUCAAAACCUCGGAGAAUGCCCAACCCUCGGAGAAUGUCCAAAAGGUGAAGCCAGAUAUGGUCAGCGAAACAUCACUAACAGAAAGGAAUUCAUCAAGAGAAGCUGAAUCUGAACAUGAUUCUAAAGGACAAGAUGCAUUGAAUCAAGAUAGUGAGUUAUUGAAUGAUGAAAAGUCCAAUGAGAAGAGUAAGGCCACUGCUGUGGUAGAUCAUACUGUAAAUUCAGAUAAGGAGAUAAAGGUUGCUGAGCUGGUAAAAGACAGUGUAAUUCCAGAUGGCAAGCCUGAGGUCACAGGUUCAGAGGAAAAUGAUGUUAAGGUCACAGGUUCUAAGGAAAAUGAUGUUAAGGUCACAGGUUCAGAGGAAAAUGAUGUUAAGGUCACAGGUUCUAAGGAAAAUUAUGUUAAGGUCACAGGUUCACAGGAAAAUGAUGUUAAGGUCACCAAUUUACUAGAAAUGAAAGAGGAAAACCCAGUGGAAAACAAAUCUCAAAUAGAGUUGAAAGAAAGAGGGAAGUCUCCAGCUUCUAGCUGCAGUGAUAUUACAAAAUCAACGGAUGCUUUGAAAACUACUGCUGAAAAUCAGGUCAUCCAAGGUGAUUCCCAGGAGCAAGCAGUGACAAAAGAAGAUGAACCUAAUUGGCAGCAACUGUUGAAUGGAAUGCAGGAUAGGGAAAAAGCUUUGCUGUCAGAAUAUACUAAUGCUCUUCAAAAUUACGAUGAGAUGAAGACCAAACUAGCAGAAAUGGAGAAGAGAAAUCAAGAUGUCCUCUUUGAGUCAUCUUUGCAGUUGAAAGAAUUGAAGACUGCAAAUGCCUUGAAAGAUGAAGAAAUUAGACUCCUACGUCAGAAACUAGGUGUUCUGCAGAAAAGCUUGGAGGGAAGGGAGGAUUUUGGAGAAAUACCUUCAGUGAAGCCAGUACUAGAUAAUAAUGAUAUUGAGGAAUUUUUCAAAGUUGAAGACACUGAACCUACAAUAUCAGCCGUUGAAGAGAAGUUCCGGAUGAGCAUUGACGAACUUCUAGAGGAGAACCUAGACUUCUGGUUAAAAUUCAGUACUUCUUUUACUGAGAUUCAGAAAUUUGAGACCACUAUAAAAGAUUUGCUGAUUGAGGCAUCAAGAAUUGAGGACAAAUGGAAAUCAUCAGAAGGAAGUAGUAGCGCAAAAUAUUCUUUGAAAUCAGAUGCAAGACCGCUUUGUAAACACCUUUCAGAGAUUCUAAAUGAACUAUCGAUGUGGUUGGAAAACAGUGCAUUGUUGAAGGAAGAACUUCAAUGUAGAUUCUCCUCCUUGUGUGAAAUACAAGAAGAGAUAACCGCGGCUCUGAAAGCCAGUGCUGAAGAUGACGACUUCAAGUUCACCAGCUAUCAAGCAGCCAAGUUCCAAGGUGAGAUUUUGAACAUGAAACAAGAGAACAACAAAGUUGCUGAUGAACUUCAAGCAGGUCUAGAUCUUGUAACAACUCUCCAACUUGAUGGUGAGAAGGCUCUUGCAAAGAUGAAUGAGCGAUUUGGACUCUCAAGUUCUAAGAAAACCCAGAGAAAUAGAGAUUCAAACUCAGUUCCUCUGAGGUCUUUUAUCUUUGGUGUCAAACCAAAAAAACAAAAACAAUCAAUCUUCUCGUGCAUGACCCCUGCAAUGAAUAGGAAAUAUCGUGCUUAUAGAGGAUAA